CUUCUACAGAAGCCAAUGAGAACUUAGUAAAUGGGCACGAGGCAUCUCCUGACUGAAGUUCAUGGUCUGUUGUCGUUGCAGAGCGUUAGUAAGUUGUUUCAAAAUUAUCAAGUGCACAUUUUAAAGAAGAAGAUUCAGCUCGCGAGCUACUUCCUUCUACAGAAGCCAAUAAGAACUUAGUAAAUGGGCACGAGGCAUCUCCUGACUGAAGUUCAUGGUCUGUUGUCGUUGCAGAGCGUUAAAUUGCCUGUAGAAUUAAACACUGCAUCAUCAUGGGCCGCCUGGAUGGGAAAGUCAUUGUGUUGUCAGCAGGAGCCCAGGGCAUUGGAAGAGCUGCAGCCAUUGCCUUUGCCAAAGAAGGAGCUCAAGUCACCGCAACAGAUAUCAAUGGAGAGAAGCUGAAGGAACUGGAUGGCCACCCUGGUAUCAAAACUAAGGUGGUGGAUGUGACCAAGAAGGACCAAGUGGAAGCGCUGGCCAAGGAGUUUGACCACAUAGAUGUGCUGUUCAAUGUUGCCGGGUUUGUCCAUCACGGCUCCAUCCUGGACUGCGAGGAGGCGGACUGGGACUUCACCAUGAACGUCAACGUCCGCAGCAUGUACCUCAUGAGCAGGGCUUUCCUACCCAAGAUGUUGGCCAAGAAGUCUGGGAAUAUCAUUAACAUGGCGUCUGUGGCCUCCAGUAUAAAAGGUGUGGUGAAUCGAUGCGUGUACAGCACCUCCAAGGCUGCUGUCAUUGGGCUCACCAAAUCUAUAGCAGCCGAUUUUCUUGAGCAAGGCAUUCGUUGUAACUGCGUAUGUCCUGGGACCGUGGACACCCCGUCUCUGAGGGGGAGAAUCCAGGCUCAGCCUAAUCCAGAACAGGCCCUAAAAGACUUCAUGGCGAGACAGAAGACGGGACGAAUGUGCACUGCCGAGGAGGUGGCACACCUCUGUGUCUACCUGGCCUCAGAUGAGUCUGCCUAUGUCACUGGAACUGAGCAUAUCAUUGAUGGAGGAUGGAGGCUCUGAAGAACCUACAGUACAGAGCACAAGGAAGCUCGAGAAACCUGCCACAAGUUACUGUUAGUUACAGUAAUAGAAAUUUCAGUGGCCUAUGCCUUAUAUGUUAUGCCAAAAUCUUGACUUAUUUUGAAAUCAUGUUUUUUCAUAAAUUUUUCAUGAAGUGUUUGAUUAUGUGGUGUACAUUCAAUAUAGUCUCUAAGAAUAAUGACUUCUGGUUUCCUUGUUUUGUAGCACCAAUAGUACCUCGUAUGUGUACAAUAAUAUACUGUAAUCAACUAGUUUUAAACACCCAUCUCAUUGUACAUGUGAUUUUGAGCUCAUUGACACAAUGAUUACAUAUAGCUAAUAAACACAAUGCAAUACUUGA